AUGUACUGGUUAGUCAAAUACGAUGGUUUACAGCGGUCCUGCCCGGGGCUGUCAAAGGUGCAAAGACCGACACGUCAAGGCAAGAUCCUAUUCGAGUUACAAUUAUGUGAUCUCAAACGUCCAAUUUGCCAGCAAUGUGCGAGGUUAAAAUUCAGCUGCCCGGGGUAUGGUCAUGACCUUGAUGUGAUUCUGAGGAAUCAGACGGUAGCCGUUGUCUCUCGGAAUCGUCGUAAAGAUGAAAGAAAGCGGCAGUCCCGAUCAUCUGCUCAGGUGAUGUCCAGUACUGUACACAAGAGCCUCGCACAAAGCGUGGAGCUCCGCGCCUUAACAUUUUUAUUCACAUCAAGUACCAUCUUAUCUAAGAAAGACAGCAGAUCAAGUCAUGGACACCUUGAUUUUCUACGACACCUCUAUGACAAAACUGCAUCAGAUUCUGCCUUGGCCCGAGCUACGACUUGGUUUGCUGUGUUGGUCUUGGGCUUAUGCGACAGCGGCAGCAAGCGCCUUUACUGCCCAGAAAUGGAUCGAUUGAUGAGUCGUGCGCUUCAAAGUAUCUCGAAUGCAUUGAAAAACCCAAGUGACAGUAUUACAAAUGAGACACUGACUGCCGUCAUCCUUCUCGCGCAUGGAGAUUACCUCCAAUACAAGAGACCGCAAGCAAUAACCCAGACCGACAUCAAAAUGAGGAUGUUAGUCCAUCAGGAUGGUGCGGAAGCCCUGAUCAAAAAGAGAAACCGGUCGAACUUUCAAGAUGACACUUCCAUUGCACUUUUUGAUGCUGUUCGCCAUAACGCCGUCGGUCUUGCGUUCGCUGGAACCAGACCAAUGGAUCAAAAUUACGCGAUGUGGACUCUUUUUAAUGACGACAAGGUCCGUCAAUUGUGCGACUCUUAUACGUUUGCCACUGAACUUGAUGCUUGUUGCCUGGUGAUACUAUCUUUGAAGAACGAUAUAGCGCGAGAAGAUGUCAAUACCUACACAAAGUUGCAAACGGAUCUGUCGUCUCUUCUUGAACGUCUAAUAUGCUGGUCUCGCUCUCUUCCGAACGAAUGGGUUCUUGGGUUGUCCACAGGCCAAAACCCAGAAAUCAAGUCUUUGGACGUUUGCUAUCUUUUCAAUGACUGGUAUCUUCUCCAACUUGCAGUCAGACAUCUCCUGAAGGAGCUGAGAUUGAAAACCAUGGGACCAGUGUUCUAUGCCUCUGACUUCUCCGACGAGUUGGACUUGAUAGAUAAUAUCAUGGCUUCUGAAUCGUUGUUCAUCAGCACGGAGCAGAGUAUCAGCUCUGAUCCACACGUAGCCGAUAAACUAGGCGAGGGCCGGAGACUCUUCUAUCAGACGGUUGAACAUUUGGAAUUGAUCAUUUCGGAUGCGUUGGAAAAGUUGGUUCUGCCACAUACCAUCUCUCUCUGUUACCGAAAUGUAUUGACUUGGGGGGAAAGGGAGCGCUAA